UAUAGUGUGUACGGGAUAGAGAGAACUUACCACAUCGCUCUUUGCGACUCCAACUCACAAUCUCUUGCAAGUAGAAGUAGAGGUUACUUGCAACCCUUCUUGUCUAUCAUCCGAAGCUUGCUUCUUCCUAAAACCCAUAACAUUAACCAAAUCAUAUGCGCUUCAAUCCUCAAAUAAUUCGAACUGGUUAAAUGAAUCAUCUGUACUUGCUCCGUUCUACCCGGUUAACUUUUCAGUAUCUGCCAGUCUAUAUAAGAGUCCAAAGCUCACCCUGUAGACACCUUCGCCAAACCACAGAAGCUCGUGGACAUUUGCACAACCCUGGAGUUUCAACCAUUGAGCCCGAAUUCCUCCCUUCUCAAUCUGAUACAGAUGCAGAUUCAUUGUUCGAUGAAUUGCCUAAAUGUGAUGUAGUAUCUGCUACAGCUUUGGUUAGCCAAUUUGCUAGACUAAAUCAACACAAGAAAGCAAUAACUAUCUUCUCAAGAAUGUUUGAGUUGAAUUUUAGACCCAAUGAGUUCACUUUAGGCACUGUAAUUCACUCUUCUGUUGUUCUUAAAGACAUUAAUUUAGGAAAGCAACUUCAUGCCAUUUCAAUAAAACUUGGCCUUCACUCAAAUGUUUACGUGGGUAGUGCACUUUUGGAUCUCUAUGUAAAGCUAAGCAGCAUUGAGGAAGCUCAGCUUGUUUUUCAUGAUACCCACAAACCAAAUGUGGUUUCUUACACCACUUUAAUAUGUGGGUAUAUCAAAAAAGAGAAGUUUGAUGAAGCUAUGGAAAUCUUUAGGAUAAUCCCUGAGAGAAAUGUUGUUUCUUGGAAUGCUAUGAUUAGUGGGUAUAGCCAGAAAGGACGUAACGAAGAAGCGGUUAAUAUUUUCGUUGAGAUGUUGAGACAAGGUGUUGUACCUGAUCAAUCGACAUUCCCUUCUUUAUUCAGUGCAGCUGCCAAUAUUGCAGCAUUGGGAAGGGGAAAGAGUUUUCAUGCUUGUGCGGUUAAGUUCUUGGGUGGACUUGGUUUGUUUAUAGGCAAUUCUCUUGUUAGCUUUUAUGCAAAAUGUGGGAUCUUAGAGGAUAGUUUCCAGGUUUUUUAUAGACUUCCUGAAAGAAAUGUUGUAACUUGGAAUGCUCUGAUAUGCGCUCAUGCUCAAAAUGGGGAGGGAGUAGCAAUUGACUUGUCUCAGAGAAUGAAAGACAUGGGAAUUAAGCCAAAUAGUGUCACUCUUCUUGGUUUGUUAUUGGCAUGUAGUCAUGUUUGUCUUGUUGAUGAAGCUUAUUCAUAUUUCGAGCAGGCAAGAAUUCAGGAUGCUAGUUUGCUGAAAUCUGAGCACUAUGCAUGUAUGGUUGAUCUAUUAUCGCGUUCAGGGAGGUUUCAACAAGCUGAGAAAUUUAUUCAUGACUUGCACUUUGAUCCAGGUAUAGGCUUUUGGAAGGCUUUGUUAGGUGGCUGCCAGAUUCACUCGAAUACAAAGCUAGGAGAAUAUGCUGCCCAAAAGGUAUUGGCUUUAGAGCCUGGAGAUGUGUCAUCAUAUGUGAUGCUUUCAAAUGCACAUUCUGCUGCUGGAAGAUGGCAGAGCGUGUCAAUCGUAAGGAAGGAAAUGAGGAUAAAAGGACUGAAGACGGUCCCUGGAUGUAGUUGGAUUGAAAUUAAAUGCAAAAUUCAUGUAUUUGUUACUGGAGAAAAGAGACAUGCCCACAAGCCAGAGAUUUAUGAACUACUGGAUUACUUUCUUAAGCAUGGAAUGAAGAGCCAAGAAGCUGAUUUUCUUUAAGAAUCUUGAUACACAGCUCCACAGGUAUCAGUGAACUGUAAAGAUACUAAGAAGACGGAGAAGACUGCCGUUCUUGCCUAAUUUGUGAUGUACUGCAGCACUGGUAUCGAUGCUCCAGUCCUGGGAAAAAUGGCAUCAGCUAUAGCCAAUCUAAUAUGCUCAAAUGCUGCAGUUAGACUCACUUUACUCAUAUAGUGUGGCUUCUGAACAAAGGUCAAAACUCUGCCUCAAAGGGAACUGCAAAGUGUUGAUAGCUGAUGCGAUGAAAAUAUACUAAAACCAGCCAAAAGAGCUAGAGUGAAGCUUUACAGAUAAUGCUACUAUCUGAGGAAUGACGAUAUCCAAGUAACCCUCAAAACAGUGUCUAUCAACCGGGUAUAUAAUCACGGAUGAGCAACGAUAUUCUUAACGCUACUGCUUUGCUGCUUCCGAAGCACGAGGAUUGAGAUCAAUGCUCAUUAAAGCAAUUCCGUACAAGGUAUAGGCUUUUAGAAUGCAUUGUUAGGAAGCUGCCAGAUUCACUCGAAUAUAAAGCUAGAGGAAUAUGCUUCCCAAAAGGUAUUGACUUUCGAGCCCAGAGAUGUGUCGUCAUGUGUGAUGCUUUCAAAUGCACAUUUUGCAGCUGGAAGAUGGCAACAACAACAACCCGGUAUAAUCCCACUUAGUGGGG